GUUAUCGGUUGGGCCUCCGGCGAAGGCGGUUGCCUAGGUGAUAGCGGAUCGCGAAUUACGCUCCGCGCCCCCGGGCCGCAGCACCGGUGCUUGGGUUUGACACAUAGGGUGACAACCGAAGGUCUGCAGGUCCUCUGAGGGUCUAGAAUACUGAGGUGGAUAAGGAAUACUUGCUUUAGGGUGCGUGUGGAUGGAUUUGCCCUGACGCGUCCUUGUCAGCGAGAGAUGCCCAGGCGCAGGAGCCUGGUUACCUGAGGUUCCUCCGCCCUCGGGUCUACAGCUCCAGGAACUCGGGUCUUCCUCCGCACCAUCCGGCGGCCACUUGAGCAGGGUCGGAGUGGGGAGAGCCGGAGGCCGCCGACUCAGAGCCGGUGUGGUGCACGCGUGUGGACGGGAUGCCGAGCCGUUGGCCCGGGGUCGCGGGGCCGCCCGCCUUGGCCCGGACGGAAGGCGGUGAAGGAUCAGCUGGACAUUCUUAUCCCCAGAAUUCCAAGGGCACUGGCGAGCAGCAUAAAGCAGACAGAAUCAAGGAGGGACACAGAGUGUACGCACACAUUGCCAAACUGCAGGAGUUAUGGAAAACUACUCAAAUCCAAACAAUUCAUAUCCCUAAAUCAAUGACAGAUGCAUCUUUUCUAAAGCAUCCAGAGCUCACCUUGGGCCAGAAGCGUUACCUGUGCAGCGUUGCUAAGAUCUGUAACUCCAGCUACCUGAGGACCUUGAUGAAGAGGCAGUACAUGCACAUAUUUCAUCACGGGUCACAGAAGACAGGUGUGCUCACUCACCACAGAGGCCAUAUGAGCUCUCGCUACUCACAGAAACAGCAUUCCCCCUGUACUGCAUGGAGACACCAUCUGGAGAGAGAGGACUCUCUGAGCAUUGCAGCUGGAGCACCUGAAAUGAUCAUACAUUCCCUUUGGCGACCCCUGAGACACAAAGAAGGGUUAAAAAUUGGGUAUGCAUCUAAAACAAGAUGCAAGUCCCUGAAGAUUUUUAGAAGACCAGGCAGACUGUUCUUGUUACCAGUUCCUUCUAAUGAUUCUCAGUCAUGCCCGAGUGAAGAAACACAGGAGGAGGAUCUGCUGAAUAAGUGCAUGCAGUCCAUGUCCAUCCAAGAACAAGGCCCAGCUCACGCCAGCCUGACGGUCUAGUCCUCCACACCAAGCUCAGCCAUCAGCUAACAUCCACAUGCUGAGUGCACAGGGAAGAGUGGACCAUGUAUGGGAUAGUACUAGUAGUAACGGUAUGUUAUUUUGGUUGUUGAGAAAUUUAUAAUAGCCGCCUUCGUCUGAUAUAUUUCUGUGUUAAUGUGUAAUGUAUGCUUGUUUCUAGCUAGAACAAUUAAAAUUUUACUUGCAACAU